GCUUACGUGAGGCUUUGGAAGGCAUCGGUGUCACUGGCGACCCGGCUCGUUCUCUCUUCUGUCGAACGGUGGCCGACAUCACAAGGCUGGUUAGAUCUGGCCAUCAAGAUUUGUCACUGCGAAGUUUGCGUUGCCACGUGGGUAGAGCCAUAGUUCGGCGAUGUGUUCACAGGUCGGUUGUGGUUCAAGCGCCAACGAGCAGCUGCCCUACAGAAGGCACAUUGAUGCACAGAAGCCGAAGGGACGUGUGCCGAAGUAGAGUGCUAGCGGUGAGGUCUCCUCCCACUAACCGCACACUGGGUAACGCAAGACGUAGAUGCCGCGAAUGCAUUCGGGAACGAAUCUCGCUGUAUCAAGACAUGGACUCUGAACGUGCCUUCAGCAGCAUCAACGCUGCCGCAUUCGACAGGAUACUUUCAAAGUAUCCCAGCACUGUACCGAAGAAGAUGGGCACACUAGAACAGCGGAGAUGGGUAGACAUACCCAACGCUGUCCAAGAACGACGACCAAGAUAUGCCACCAAAGAUGAGCUUGAUACACUCAUGGACUGGAAACUGGCGCAUGGCAAGUUUCGACCUAAUCUGAAGAAGCUCAUUCAGCAGAACGAGGGGUCUACGGUAGAGGAAGUAACGACUGCUCAUAUAAAUGUACAUACUGCAUCGAAGACGGACGAGAUAAUAGCUGCCGUCAAAGGACUCUGUGUGCUCAGAGGUGUUGGACCAGCUACAGCAUCCUUGCUCCUCUCUACUGCUAACUCGGACCUGCCCUUCUUCUCAGAUGAACUCUAUCGAUGGGCCAUGUUUGACGAGGUAAUGGUGUCCGGCAAGGCCGAGAAAGUUGGCUGGCAACGAGAGAUCAAGUACACAAUCCCAGAAUACAGAGAGCUCUUGCUCCGUGUUGCUGGCUUUCGUGACCGUUUUAGCAAGGAGAGUGGACGCAAUGUUCAAGCUAUUGACGUUGAGAAAGUAGCCUAUGUGCUUGCCAAAAGUGCGGAAGGCGAUCUGCGGAAACAGGCUGUGGAAGCGUCGACUAAAAGUUCGAGUUUGGCGUCGAAAGCGCUUCACCGGCACAGCAGCCUUGAUGAAAAGGCGCAGUCACAGCCGAGCAAGAAGCGAAGUCAGAAAGCAAUCGAUGCAGAACCAUCAGAACACACUUCCGGUUUACCUUCGAAGAGAUCUCGAGCUCGGUGAGCUGUAUCGGCACUCGUACUUUUCGCCACACUCUCUCUCCACUCGCGAAGUUCAGUAGGUGCCGAUCGUUGCAGGCGAAGUCGCCAUGCGGCGUCGCAUGGUACUAGCCCGCCAGUCAGCCAUUACCAAGGUUCUCGGCUUACGUCCUGCAGUGGUCACUCACUGUACCCUGGCUCAGCUCCUCGCCCGUACCACCAGUCCAGCUACACCCGCCAAGAACAUAACAAGCACUGUGAACAUGCACAACGCGUCCGCCAUCUUGCGUGCA